AUGUCCCUCGCGCGCCCCAAGGAGGACCUCUGGAACAGCAUCGCCGCCGGCGCCGUCUCCUGGGCAGCCCUCGGUGCGCGCCGGGGCGCGGCCCUUGUCGCGUUUGGCGCGGCCCUCGACUUCGUGGAUGGUCGCAUCCCGCCGCUGGAGACGCCGCGGCAUCAACCAGCCCAGCCUCUGCAUGCGCCCACGCCCGCGCCCGCGCCCGCGGCCCCCGGAUUCUUGGGGAUCCCGCAGGGGCCGCCCAUCGUGGUUCAGGAGGUCUCCGUCGGUGACCAGAGGCUGUGA